GCUUAUAUGUAUGGUGAUGUAAAAAUAUCAGAGUAUUGUUGGUUCAACUGAAGAAGAAGAAGAAGAAAUGAUUCGUCUAGCACCAUUAUCAGAAGUACCAACAAAUGAUGAAGAAACUCAUCCUUCUUCUUCUUCUUCCUCAUGGAGAAAUUGGCUUAAAACUCACUUCUCUUUGAUCUUCAUCACUAAGAAAUCUGACCUCAGGAUUCUACUAAGUGUUCUUGGAUGCCCUCUCUUCCCUGUUUCUUCCAAUCCUAAAAUACCCAUUUCUCAAGUAUCGUCAUCAGCUGAAUACAUAAUUGAACACUUCACAGCAGCAAGUGGGUGUAGGAAGAUACAAGGGGUAGUAAAGAAUAUGUAUGUAAGUGGAAAAGUAUCAAUGGCUAUAGUGGAUGCUAGUUCACCUGCUAGUACUAUUUCACAAAAGGGAUGCUUUGUUUUGUGGCAAAUGGUACCUAACAAGUGGUUAAUUGAGUUAGUUGUUGCUGCUCACAAAGUUGUAGCUGGUAGUGAUGGUAAUGUUGCUUGGAGACACACACCUUGGCUAGGUUCUCAUGCUGCCAAAGGCACUAUACGCCCUCUACGUCGAGCUCUUCAGGGGCUUGAUCCACUCGCUGUAGCAGCAGUUUUCUCUGCAGCCGAAUACAUUGGUGAAAAGAAUAUAUUGGGUAUUGAUUCCUUUGUGCUAAAGUUAUCUGCCAAUCAUCCUGACUUAACUGAAAGGAGUGACAAUACAGCUGAGAUGAUCAAGCAUGUCGUGUUUGGUUACUUCAGCCAAAGAAGUGGAUUGCUAGUUUAUGUAGAAGACUCAUACUUGACCAGAAUACAGUCUCCCGGUUCCCCUCCAACGUAUUGGGAAACAACAAUGGGUACAAAAGUGGAGGACUAUCGGCCUGUAGAAGGCGUGAUGAUUGCACAUUCAGGUUGUUCAAGUGUGAUUAUCACAAGAUUUGGGGAUAACUUAAAGUCUGGGCCUGCAAUCACCAGAAUGGAAGAGACAUAUACCAUCGAUGAUGUUGCAUUCAACGUCCCCGGUCUCUCUAUUGACUCCUUCAUUCCUCCUCAAGGACUAAUCAAGGGAUAUCCUGAGGAAAAUCUUGACUGGAGGUCACCAAUCGAUUGAUAAAAAUGAUCAAGCCAUCAUAUAUAUAUAUAUAUAUAUAUUGUUACUUUUGAUGAUACUGAAUAUCUCAAGAGUGGUUUUUGUUUUUCCUCUUUGUUCUGUUUUAUAUGCUGCUAACAGAUCAUCAUAGGAAAUGUAUUAAUAUCUUGUUUUUGGGUGUAAUUGUUGAACUUGCUGUGUCAAUGUAGGAACUUGUUGUAUCAA